ACGCAACAAUCGGUCUCACUUGCCUCGCGUGUUUCGUAUCCAUAGUUGCUUUAGCUGCCAAGUGCCAACGCUCAUUCCGUAUUACACCAGCCCGUGUACUGGUUGUGUGCUUCACUCUAUUUAUAAAAACACGUGGCUCAGUGGGUUUUGUUUAUAUCCUAACCUAAAACUCAAAGAAAUUCAUGAAUUCUUGCUGCAGUGCCCGACGGUAAAAAUUUCGAUUAUCGUUUCGACCUAACAAAGAAGAGCUACGAAAAUGGUUUAUGAAUCUAACGGUGCGCUAUCGCCUCCUCAAGAAUUGGAAACUUUUCUGCCCCCGGAUGAAAAGAAAGAAAAGAUCGUCAGCACGACAUAUAACUUAACAAAAGAAGCAAAAGAUGCCGAGGCCGGUGAAUUUGAUCCCUUCGUGGAAAGGAAGUUGGACAAUCCCACUUCGAAUAUGGACACACUCACUCAUCUGCUAAAGGCUUCUCUUGGCACCGGUAUCCUCGCUAUGCCAAAAGCUUUCGCGAGCGCGGGAAUCAUUUCUGGAAUUUUCUUCACUAUCUUGGUCGCUGUCGUCUGCACACACUGUUCUUAUAUACUUAUAAACUGUGCACAUAUCCUCUACAAGAAGACGCGCAAAACUACCAUGAGUUUUCCUGAAGUAGGGGAAGCUGCACUCGACAAUGGACCUGAACCUGUCAGAAAAUGGGCCAACACAUUUAGAGUAUUUAUCCUCGUGAGUCUCUUCAUAACGUACUUCGGCACUUGCUCCGUGUACACCGUCAUAAUUGCCAAAAAUAUAAUGCAGGUCGUCCACUUCUACAAGACGGAUCUAAAAGAUGUCCUCGGAAUCCGAUUAUUCAUUAUUUUUUUGCUGGUACCUCUUAUUUUCAUGGUUUGGAUCAGAAACCUGAAAUACUUGGCCCCAGUCUCAAUGAUUGCCAACUUCUUUAUGGCUCUCGGACUUGGAAUAACGUUUUACUUCUUAGUAGGAACCACAAAACUCAGUUUUGAUAAGGUGUCAAUGAUAAAGCCCGUUAACGAAUGGCCAGAAUUCUUCUCUCUUACAAUCUUUGCCAUAGAAGCCAUCGGUGUAGUGAUGCCAUUAGAAAACUCCAUGAAGACUCCUCGCUCGAUGCUCGGUAUUUGUGGAGUCCUAAACAAGGGAAUGUCAGGCGUGACUCUAGUAUAUAUUUUACUCGGAUUCCUGGGAUAUUUAAGAUACGGAGAAGACGUUCAAGAUUCCAUCACCCUGAACUUGGUACCUCACCCUGAUGACCCGAAAAUAUAUGAAGUGCUGGCGCAAAUCGUCAAAAUCGCCAUCGCUAUUGCCGUCUAUUGCACUUUCGGUCUCCAGUUCUUCGUGUGCGUGGAAAUCAUGUGGAACUGCAUAAAGGAUAAGUUCAGAGCAAGGCCCGACCUCGCCGACUACACCAUGCGCACUCUCAUGGCCACAGCGUGCGUGUUACUCGCGGUCGCAGUACCGUCUAUUGGACCUCUGAUGGGAGUCAUUGGCGCCUUCUGUUUCUCCAUUCUGGGCCUAAUAGCCCCAGCAUUUAUUGAGGUCAUCACUUACUGGGACAUUGGUUUUGGACCAUUUAAAAUCCUUAUCUGGAAAAACCUUCUCGUUUUAGUUUUCGGUCUUUUUGCGCUCAUAUUCGGAACCAAAGAUGCUGUUAUCAGCAUAAUAAAAGUAUACAGCUCGUAAUAACAGGUUCAGCAGGCAAAAUUCUGAGUCUGUUUUAUGCUAGUGAUAACCAGCGCAUCUUUCGUGUUUAUUUAUAUUAUAUGAAUACACUUAUAAUAAGUGAAUUUCUAACUUUGUGAGACUACUUUUGUAUUGACCGUUACGCUAUAGUAAGGUACUUCAUGGCAAUUACAACGCGUUUUGAAAUGGUGCUAUUAAUUUUCUUACUCAUAAAUAAUAGAGCUAUCUCCGGCGUUGGAGUUAUUAUCAUUUAUAAAAAAUUUAAGGGGCAUUUUUGAGUGGCACAGUCGAGUGUUUAGUGUGUAUUGGAGUAGUUACUUAUUAUUUAAGUAAAUAUAUAAAUUCAAUUGCAUUCCCAAAUGGCGUGAUGUAUGAAAAGUUUUGAAAGAUGAAUGAGUAUGGCAAAUCAGAGCCCCAGAGCUCGUAGGAAAUAUUAGAGGUGACUGAUAAAGGCUGGAUGUUAAUUUAUACAUGGCCAGAGUAUAGCAAAUUAAAACUAUUAGCAGGUAUUGCGUGUGCAUUCAUAUUUUUUUCAAUUUGAGAUGGAACUAAGUACCAGGAAUUUUUGAAUCCCAUUAUAUAAUGUCAUCAAUUUUAAGAAUGUCGCAUAUUUACAUGAACUAAGUGCCUACUGCGAAGUUUCAAUUUUUAUAAAGCUUAGUUUUGGCCGUACAUUAUCAACUAUGUCCAAGCAAGAUCGAUUGCCAGUACUUUAAUAUUGAGGAAAAUAAUAGAUACAAAUGAAUUUCGGCUUUUAUCAGGUUUAAUUUAAAUACACUGAUAAGUCAUAACGCAGAUGAAGAACUAUGUAACGAGCAAUGAUAUAAAUAAGAUCUUGCUUCAGCUUUUAUGAAGUACCUCCUCAUAUUUUAAUACAGGCUCUCAGGUAAACAUAUGAGACUAAUUUUUUUAUGCUCUGCAUGUCCAGGCAUGAAUUUAGCCCGUUAAAUCAAGGUCAAAUAUUCAAUUAUAACUAAAAACUGAGGAUUAAAAAAACUGCUUUCAAUUAAUUUUGUUAAAAAAUUGCUUACUAUAGGUACAGAGUAGGGAUAAUUCUUUAAAAUGGCUUCAGGCACUAGAUACCAAUACAAAUUAAUCUAGUAACCACGGAACAGUAGUUACUUAAAGUAUUAGGUAUUUAAUUAGCGUCUUAAGUUGAUUUGAAACUACGGAAUAUAAUAUAAUAUAUAAAUAUCGCUCAUCCUACUUUUAAAUGUCACUGUUCACACUGUUAGAUCUAAUAAUAUUACAUCUAA